UACAUAAAUACAUAUUUUGUAUUUAAUAGGGUCAAAAUCAGUAUAAUAGAUCAAAAUUUAGUCAAAUCAGACAAAUUAAUUACAUAAAAAAAAAUAAAAUUAAAAUAUAUCACAAAAAAUGAACUAAAAGCAUAGCCUAAAUGGAUCGUGUGAUUCACUGAUUCUUCUACUAGUUGUUACUCUUACUAAGACGGAAUACUUGAAGAAGUCGCACUCUAAUACCCUCAGAAACCCUAAUUUUCAGUUUCAAAAUCAAGACGACGCAGAUCAUAUGAAUCACUUUUUCCCCAAUUUUUCAUAAAUUAAAUUCGAUUGAAGGAGAGAGAAGAAGAAAUGUUGAGGAGGGUUUGGAGCAGCAGCAAUGGAGGAGGAGAAAUCGGGGGUGGUAGCUCAAUGAUGAUGCAAUGUGUGAGAUAUAUGUCGAAGAAACGAGCUGCAAAUCUGAGGAAGAUAAACCCUAAAGUUCCCUACUCUGAAGCUACCUCCAUUGCUCAAAAUCUCUUCAAUUUGAUCCAGAAUCGUGGCCCUGUUACUAUUGGCAGUGCUUGGACCAAUGCACAGGAAGCUGGCAUCAGUGGAAUAGCCAGCAAAACACACAUGAAGAUACUACUGAAAUGGAUGAGAGGCAAGAGGAUGCUGAAGCAGGUUUGCCAGCAGAUUGGUUCAAACAAGAAGUUUCUGCUAUGCACACCUCAAGAUUCUGAAGCUGUGCAAGCAGCCUCGACACCUAGAGUGAAGUUGCGAACCGAAAAAUCUGCAAAAUUGAGGAAAAAACGCAAGUGAUAUGCCCUGUCGCAGCGUACCUAUAACUCAUAAAAUAAUCUAGUCUCAUGAUUAGGUUUUCCCUUUGAUAAAUCAUGUUAUGGCUGUUUUCCUCGUUGAUCAAACUUAGAUGAAUUAGAAUGACGCUUCUCUUCUUUCUCUUUCUGAAAAUAUUACUUCAGAGUGGCAGCUGCAAUCGAUGUUUUAGCAGGCAUGUGAUUUAGAACUCAUCAAAGCUCCUGUUUGAGAGUGUACUUUCUGGUUUUUAUGCUCCACUAUACGAUAUUGUUGAUUUGGAGAGUUAACAGAGCUUUAAUAACCAUAAGGGGGUUGACACUAUCAUUAAAGAGGACUUAAGAGUAACUAGGUAACUAGGUUUCAUCAAUAUGUGAUAAUCAACUCAAUUUGCUAUGCUGAAGCAAACUUAUUUAUGAUAUUUUUGAUUUUUAUU